AUGAAAACAAUGGUAGCCAUUAUUGGAGUUAUAAUUGUGUCCUGUGUGCUCCAUACAUCCGGAUUGCCUUUGUUCAAAAAUAUACUAAACGAAAGAUCUGUUGAAUAUGGCGGAGAAUCAGGAAAUGGAUUUAAAAACGAAAGAGCAGUAGGAUAUGGCGGAGAAUCAGGCAAUGGAUUUCUAAACGAAAGAUCUGUUGAAUAUGGCGGAGAAUCAGGAAAUGGAUUUCAAAACGAAAGAGCAGUAGGAUAUGGCGGAGAAUCAGGCAAUGGCUUUCUAAACGAAAGAUCUGUUGAAUAUGGCGGAGAAUCAGGAAAUGGAUUUCAAAACGAAAGAGCAGUAGAAUAUGGCGGAGAAUCAGGCAAUGGCUUUCUAAACGAAAGAUCUGUUGAAUAUGGGGGAGAAUCAGGAAAUGGAUUUCAAAACGAAAGAGCAGUAGGAUAUGGCGGAGAAUCAGGCAAUGGCUUUCUAAACGAAAGAUCUGUUGAAUAUGGGGGAGAAUCAGGAAAUAGUUUUUUAAACAAAAGAGCAGUAGAAUAUGGGGGAGAAUCAGGAAAUGGCUUUCUAAACGAAAGAGCAAUAGAAUAUGGUGGAGAAUCAGGAAAUGGUUUUCUAAAUGAAAGAGCAGUAGAGUAUGGUGGAGAAUCAGGAAAUGGUUUUCUAAACGAAAGAGCAAUAGAAUAUGGUGGAGAAUCAGGAAAUGGUUUUCAAAACAAAAGAGCAGUAGAAUAUGGGGGAGAAUCAGGAAAUGGUUUUUUAAACGAAAGAGCAGUAGAGUAUGGUGGAGAAUCAGGAAAUGGUUUUCUAAACGAAAGAUCUGUACAAAAUAGCGGAAAAUCAGGAAAUGGUUUUCUAAACGAAAGAUCAGUACAGCAGGGCGGAAAAUCAGGAAAUGGUUUUCUAAACGAAAGAUCUGUUGAAUAUGGGGGAGAAUCAGGAAAUAGUUUUUUAAACAAAAGAGCAGUAGAAUAUGGGGGAGAAUCAGGAAAUGGUUUUCUAAACGAAAGAGCAGUAGAAUAUGGUGGAGAAUCAGGAAAUGGUUUUCUAAACGAAAGAUCGGUUCAAUAUGGUGGAGAAUCUGGAAAUGGUUUUCUAAACGAAAGAUCGGUUCAAUAUGGUGGAGAAUCAGGAAAUGGUUUUCUAAACGAAAGAUCUGUUGAAUAUGGCGGGGAAUCAGGAAAUGGUUUUCUAAACGAAAGAUCUGUUGAAUAUGGUGGAGAAUCAGGAAAUGGUUUUCUAAACGAAAGAUCUGUUGAAUAUGGCGGAGAAGCGGGAAAUGGGCUGAAAUAG